AUUUUCCCAGUUGGAGAUCAGACAAGCCCAUUUGGAUAACCCAGACAGUAAAACCUGUAUCAUUCUCAUGUCGGAGACACAAGAUAACAAAAGUUCCAAGUCAAGCCAGGAAAUGAGAGAGCUGAAAAGAAAGAUCCGAGAGUCUGUGACCCCUAGAGUUCACAUAGUACACACAUCACCCAGUAACAUAUCUAUGUCUGCGUACAGAGAGCUGGAGCGUAUCAUCACCCAGGAGCUUGGAGUGGACAAGGAGGCCUUGGAUCCACUGAUGCUGGACUGUCUGGCUGGGGUCAGCAGAGAUGUUGCCUGUGAUUCUCAGCAGGUGGAUUGCCUGAAUACUUCGGCUGUCUCCACAUGUGAGACUGGUUUUGAGAAGUAUUAUGAACAUCUGAACCAGCAAGUGUCAGCGGCUGGCCCCCUGCCUCCUCUGCUUGUUGUUGGAUGUCCUGGCUCCGGCAAGUCCCUGCUGAUGUCCAAGUGGUUACAGUUGCAAGAGGAGAAGAACUCCAGUAGUUUGUUACUGUACCAUUUUGUAGGAACUCCUUCCUCCAUCAGCGCUGAUCCAAUUGUAAUGAUCAGGAGACUCACGGCACAGCUCAUGCAGCACAUCUCUACUCCACCAGCCUUGACCUCUGACCCUGUCAGACUGGUGGAGGAGUUUCCAAGAUGGCUGGAGAAGAUUUCGGCAAAGAGCCCGGGUGGUGUCAUUCUUGUCCUGGAUUCGGUGGACCGAUUUCAGCAAGCAGAUGUACACUUGAAGUGGCUGCUGGACCCACUGCCCGUUGAUGCUCGAGUCAUUGUCUCCGCCAGUGAGGAAACUUGUCCACCAGCUUGGAGGUUUUCUGUAUCGCUGUUAGAGCUGUUGUGGGCUGAACUAUCAUCUAUGAAUUGUGGGAUUGAUUUGGAACUGGAGAGGAAGAUUAUUAACCAGUGUCGGACUCCCAGCAUGUGCUGUCCAUUGUUUGUGUCACUGCUGGCCCGACACAUUGCCAGCCUGGGUAAAGGGGACAUCACUCGAGUUGAAGCCCGUGUUACCAUGUUGCUUGCCUGCACCAACAGCAUUGAACUUUACUGCUGCAUCUUUAACCUGGCAGAAGAAAACUUGAGCCACACAAGCAAGGCGUUUCUCAAACAGAUUCUUCAGUUCAUCUACGCCAGCCGGUGUGGCAUGCUGGAGACUGAGCUGCUUGUACUGAUACCAGAUCUCUGCUGGCUGGAGCUGUCCUCAUUGUUUGAGUUCCUCUCUUCACAUUUGGUCGUCAAGUACCAGCUUGGCUUGCUGACCUUUGCUCACACUCAGGCUCAAGAGGCUGUGUUUGAAUAUUUCUUCAAAGAUGACAAAGACAGUGUCCUCAGUGUCAGACAAAAACUUAUUCAGUACUUCCAGCAUCUGAUUGGACCAGGUGCAGUUAAUAGCAGAACUGUGGAUGAGCUCCCUUGGUUGAUCAGCCAAACAGACAACAGGCAACAGUUGGAGAAAUGUAUCCUAAAUCUGGGAGUCUUCCAGGAGAUGUAUGCAAAGGGGCGUUGUUUUGAGCUUCUCAAUUACUGGCAGGCUAUAGAGCGGGACAAGGAGAAGAUGGCUGAGGCUUACUUUACCGAAAUCAGCAAUCUGGAGACUGCUGCUGACCAUGGUGGUAUUAGUCUACUCAAGGUCGCAGAGACAUAUGAAUGUUUGGGACAAUUCCUUCGUGACUUGGGUCUGCUCUCACAGGCUUUGCGAGCACUCCAGAGAGCUUUAGAAAUCAGGGAAACUGACCUCGACCCUGAUGACCCAUUGGUGGCAAGGUCGCUUCACUUUUUAGCUGGAUUGCAUGAUCAGUGGAGAAAGUAUGAUACAGCAGAGAGCCUCUACAUGCAUGCCUUGGGGAUCUGCCAGAACACACUGGGUCCAGAUCACCUAAUGGUGGCCACUGAACUGGAUGCAUUGGCUCUUCUGUAUCAGAAGCAAGAUAAACACGAUCUGGCUCAUCCAUUGAGGAAGAAAGCAUUUGCUAUCAAGAAAAAGUUGAGAAACCCUAGAGGACAGGAUGUUGCGGUUAUUGAUUCUCUUCAACGGAGAGCUCUCCAGCUUGAGGAGUUGGUAAUGGGUCCAGAUUCCCCAGACUUGGCACGGACUCUGAACGAACUGGGAGUUCUAUACUAUCUCCAGAAUAAUACAGAGGCUGCAGAAUCUUUUUUCAGGCGUUCACUGGAGAUGCGUGAGUCCCUUCUCGGAACAAACCACCAGGACGUGGCCUCAUCACUCAACAACCUGGCUGCCUUAUAUAAUGACAAGAAGAUGUACGCCAAGGCUGAACCUCUUUAUGACCGUGCCUUAAACAUCAGGUUGGAGCAUUACAGUGCAGACAGCCCUGGGGUGGCCAACAUCAUCAACCACUUGGCCAGGCUGUAUAAGCAACAGGGUAAAUAUGAGAAAGCUGAGCCCCUGUACAGGCAGGCAGUGGAGAUACGAGAGAAAGCUUUCGGACCCAAUCAUCCGUCUGUUGCUACGGCAUUAGUCAAUCUCGCCGUACUAAUUUCACAACAGAACCGAUACCAAGAUGCUGGCCCACUGUUUGAGCAAGCUCUGAAGAUAUAUGAGGAAACUUUGGGCCCCCACCACCCAAGAGUCGCAGAAACUUUGAGAAAUCUGGCUGUCAUGAAAUAUGAACAGGAGGACUUCCAGACAGCUGCCCACUACUACAAGAGAGCUACGGAGAUCCAAGAUCAGGGAGCACCUUAUGGGGAAAAGGUCACCUCCUGUCGCAGUUACACUUCUGAAGCGAAAUCCCCUGUGAAAAAUAUUUAA